GCAGUACCUCUUUUGUCGGGGAAUGGUCAAGGUUUAACGACUAAUGAGAGAUUCUGUUAUCAUGGCCAAGACUGAUCAGCACUUCAGAUCACAAGCCGGCAAGAACUAUUACGGUAGCAACUAGGAUGAUCAAUUGUGUAGCCUCCCCGACUACGAACCCUCUUGACAAGGCAACAUAGAAUUGAGUGGUCCGGUUCAAGGUCAAGAUGGUGGUCGUUGGUUGCUAUAAAAUCUCGGGGCCCCAAUUUCCUGACUCAAGUCAAAUGUCAGUCAUCACACAUCCUUCACCACUUCAUUGGCAUGGGAAGACGAAGAAGAGAUCUUGCUUCCACUGCCAGGAAAAGCAUACAUUUGCGCCAUGCCCUGUUUGAAAGACCCCAAAGAAAUUGAGACGGGCUCGCUUGCGAAUAGAGCACUGGCUUGCACCCCGCUUCUGACAUGCUACGCCUAUGCCAAUGUCUCGAUGGACUCUGUGCUUGCAGGACUCCGUCCUUUGAUAGGAUCGCUCCUUCAGUCCGGCAGUUGGACUGCGAGCAGUGGGGAAGUUCUGAGGCUGACCGAGCCUCUUUACAAUGUUCCGUUGUUGGAUAAGGCUUUUGGGGCACUAGUGACCUGUUUUAUGCCAUCAAUCAGUGGAUCCGAUGUUUUGUCACACGCCCAGAUGUUGUCGUUUAUGGCGGACCUUGGUCCGAUCUACGGCAUCUGGCUUCUGGAAAGCGGCCGAAGAGCCCACUCUUGGGUGGAGAUACUUUUAUCAAAUAUGCUGACGACCUUCCUGCCUACUAUGCUCACGGCAUACUACCUCCCGACGCUCGGGAAUUUUCUUCCUCGGGAAUUACAAAAUCGCCGGUAUUUCAAUGCUAUCUGGCAGCUAUUCCCGGUGGUGGUUCCACUUCUCCAAGCUCCUUUCCGUCUUGUGGACAAAGUGGCCUCCGAACCAGUCAAGAAGUCAUCCAAGGAACAAGAAACUGUCGAAGCCAAGCGUGGCUCGAGAAAGACCCUGCGAUACAUUCGUGGCAUUUAUCUGUCCUUUGCCGUCAUUUCAGGGCUCAGUUUUACGUAUGCUCGCCAUUCCCUCCCAGCGGGCUCGUCCAUGGCCAGUGUCAUUCUACCUGGACCAUGGGAUUAUACCUUGCCUGUCGGCAGCUUUGCAGAGGGAACUGCACGGUUCAUGAAAUAUGACGAGACCCUCGUCAUGGCAAGUGGAUUUGUCUGGCUGGGGUUGAAGUAUUGGGAGCUGAAACGGCACGGGUACCCGUUGUCGUGGUGGAAGGUGAUUAUGGGAAUGGCAGCCACGACGGCGGCGUUUGGGCCGGGGGCUGCAAUGUCGUUGGGCUGGGGACUGCGCGAAGAGAUGCUGGCGAAGAUUGCCGCAUAG